AGCAUCUCUAUGUACUUUAUUUUCUUCUUAUCAAUACGCACAGUAAACUUUUCCCUUUCUAUUCCAUAGUUGUCUCAUGGUACUCAUGCUCCUCCAUUGAAGUAAGAAAAAAAAGAUUGGGGGAGUGCCCCCUUUUUCCUUAUUGCUGCAAUCUGGUUUGUGGUAUUUACAUUUGGUUGCUUCUAAUUUGUCUCUGUUGCUGCUGGAAACGAGGAUAUCAGAAGUUAACUAUUACUUGAAUAUACUUGGUAUUGCUAAUGAUGUGAGCCUUUUAAUACAAUGAUAUAAACGGGAGUUGUUAGCCUCCAGAAAAUGAUACUACUAGACAUCAUAAUUGAUAGCCAAAAGGGGAAAAGGAACCAAUCUGUGUUGUUACAAAUGUUCAUCUUUCUUCAGGAAAAUGAGAGGAGACAAUGUUCUCUCUUUAUUCAUGUCUCAAUAUAAGAAAAGGAUUUGUAUAGCCAAUGCUCUGUCUUUAAGGGUGGACAGAAUAGUUUGAAAGGCCUUUUCCCAGACUUGUAUGUCAUAAGCCUUCAAAAGCAAGCAACAGUAGGACAAGUCUGGAGGGAAAAUGGGUGGGAGCUGAUCUUUAGAAGGGCUUUAAAUGAUUGGGAAAUUGAUAGAGUCACUGCUUUGCUGCACUGUCUGGACUCUUUUAAAGGCAAUGUGGUGGAGGGCCCUGAUAAACCAGUGUGGAAUCUUUCCAGUAAAGGAUCCUUCUCAGUCAAAUCAGCAUUCUGGAAUUUGAAUAGAAGGAACCUUGCGACAGUGGUCUGGCCAUGGAAAUUCAUCAGGAAAGUUAAAAUUCCUAGCAGGGUAUCUUGUUUUGUAUGGCUGGUUAUUAGGAGAGCAUGUUUAACUCAUGAGAGAUUACAGAGAAGAGGUCUUCAGAUUUGCUCAAGAUUCCUGCUCUGCGGGCAAGAAGCUGAGAACAAUGAACAUCUAUUCCUGCAUUGUAAGACAACUGUAAAUCUGGGGCACAUGUUCUUUUGUAUGAUGGGGGUGAACUGGCAAUGCCAAGAACAACUUUGGAAUUUUUGAAGAACUGGAAGAGCAUUGGAAGAAGAGAGGCAGAGGAAGAUUGGUGGCAGAGUAUACCAGCAAGCAUAUGGUGGACAGUAUGGAAGGAGAGGAACCGUAGACAUUUUGAAGACAAGUGCGAUCCCAUCCAGAAAAUAAAGAUGAACUGCCUUAACCUUCUUUAUUUUUGGUGUAAACAGGAUCUAGUGGGGGAUACUGGAGAUUUGGUAGAAUUUAUUGGUAAACUGUUAGAUAGUAGAUGUACAAAGGAUCCCAUACUCCUUUUUGUGAAUGUAACCUUUUACCUUAGCACCUGUUGAUGGUGUUGAGUUUCUUCGAGCCAAUGCAGCCUUGCUCAAGGGGCAAGGUGGAGGUGCUGAGACUUCAAGGUCUUAAGGUUAAGUGCCACCAAAAUUGCGGGCUAUGUCCAACCUUGUGUUGGUAAUGACAAAAAAUCAACAAAAAUAAUAAAAAAAAAUUAAUUGGGCUUGGGCCCGGGCUUAGCACGGCCCAUCAACACUAAUGUCUUCAAUAAUCAAGGAUCUUUACAUAAAUAGCCGGUCGAAUUUACUAUUUAUUUUUCUUAAUCCCUAUAUAGAAAUUAUAUACUGAUUAUAAACAAUUAUAUAUAUAUAUAUCAUAUAUUCGCCUGCUAUUUUUAGUUUAAUGGCGGCUAUGUAGGUUAAUUCUUCAAUAAUUAUCAAGGCUUUCCUGAUUUAGUUGGGCUUCUUACAACGCCACAAUCCACAAAAUAGAAAGGAGUUUAUCUUUUAGUACCGGAAGAUGGAAGAAUAAUCUAAGCGGUCUUCGGAGAAGUGAAUGGAUUCGUUGUCUUUUCCCUGUCAUCUCAGUUUGAGGAGCUCAACUAGUGCAUACCCAGCUAGAAAACCAGGAGUUGCAGUUCCUGCAUUUUUAAAAUUGCAUAAGGGUCCUUCAAAAUCCAGAUAUUUACCACAAAGGUAUCGUAUGGCCACUGCAAAUAGGGAGGGGUUGAACGGGAUUGAAGAAGGCGAUGGAGUGAUAAUUGUGGAUCAUGGGUCCCGCAGAAAAGAGUCCAAUCUUAUGCUAAAUGAAUUUGUAGCAAUGUUUAGAGAGAGAACCAAAUACCCCAUUGUGGAGCCUGCACACAUGGAGCUAGCAGAACCAUCUAUCAGAGAUGCGUUUAGUUUAUGCGUUCAACAAGGAGCACUUCGAGUUAUUGUGAGCCCGUUUUUCCUUUCUCCUGGACGACAUUGGAACCAGGAUAUUCCUUCUUUAACAGCUGAAGCUGCAAAGGAGCAUCCAGGAAUAUCAUAUGUCAUUACAGCACCUCUUGGCCUUCAUGAAUUACUUGUUGAUGUUGUGAAUGAUAGGAUCAAUCAUUGCUUGAGUCAUAUUGCCGGGAAAGCAGAUGAGUGUUCAGUUUGUGCUGGAACUGGAAAAUGUCAGCUUCGCCAGUGAUAAGAUAUAUGAAGCUUAUCUAGGCUUUGUUAUGUGGAGAGAAUCUGUUGCUGAUGCCAGUUGACUUAGUUGGAUCUGGACGCGGAGUUACUGCCGCUUGACAGUACGUUCAAUUAUCUCCCACAACUCAAGCAUCCAAGUUAACCAAAAGGACUUUGGUAUUUGCGAGUUAGUAUAGCUUUCAAAUACAAAUAUCAACUGGUGAGUGCUUAGUUUCUCCACACAGCUGAUGGAUAGUUGGGAGAGCUGGACUGCAUUCUGAUUAUUCUCGUCUUUAACGAAAUUUCGUCGGUGUUGUAAAUCAUAAUAGGGUGGUUCAGAGCAGUUAUUACUAAACUCGUGGCUGCCCAUCAGGUGCUGGUGGGUUGCUCUUUAUUCCUAAAGUAUUUGGUUUGAGAGUAUUGCAGUCUUAACAGUUUGUGCUUUAAUGUGUCUUCCUUUACUCAUUAUCAUAAGUUAACAAGGAUUUUAUUCACAUGGGUUGUAGCUAAAGUUGUUGGGUAUUGUAUUUAGCUUUUCUUGUCAACAAGAAGAAUGUUCAUUUUUUCGUUAUAAAAUGCUUAGAAUCUCUGAUUCAUGACCA